CCAAGGAAGUCAAGGAAAGAGCAGAACAUGUUGGAAGCACAUCGAAUGUACUAUAAACUGAUCCGAAUGAUUAACGAAUUUUGCGAAAUCUUCAAAUAUCCGCUGGCUAGUCUGCUGCUGCUCCUUAUUUGUAUGACCUGUGUGACUGGAUACUCGUGCUGUCGCGCGCUAUUUGGAAAGCCGUUAAUGAUAAAUGCCCCCAUCACUGAGUGCCUCACACUGUUUUUAAACAUAAAUUAUCUAUUGGAGCUCUACAUUCUGACACUCACAACUAACUUGACCAGUAAGCUUCAUGAGAACAUUCUGCAUGACUUACGGACAACUUUCUGUGACUCAGAUCUAGUGGAACGCAGCAAUGUCUGGCUGGCAUUGCAGAUAACAUCGCAAAAUACGAGCAUCAAUAUCUUCGGCGUUCUAAAUAUCAAUCUUCAAUUGAUCUUUCCACUCGUAAGUGGCAUCAUCCUUCACAUAAUCUACAUCAUACAGAGCGACUACAAUUAUAUGUAAAGCAUCUAGUAACAAUAAUACACCAAGC